AUGGCUUCGCAGGACGACACCCAGAGGGAUGGAGAGGCACAGCUCCUGGCAGAGGCACUUCAGAAGGAAGGACUGGAGGCUGGAUACUGGCUCCCCAAACUCUCCCAGACCCUGGGAGUCCAGUGCACACAAGCCCUGCAACACCUGCAAUAUGAAGACUACCUUACGUUGGAGUGCCAAGUGCGGCACCCCUGGGAGAAAAGGGCGCUCCAGAAACUCCUGAAAAUAAGAGAUGACAAAGCAACUUCUGAGGACAAGAAACAGCACUUGGAGAGGACAAAGCAGAGACAAGGAGUGGCCAAGCAAGUCCUGAACGAGCUGAAAGAAAUGCUCGACAGCCGCAGCCACAGCCAGGAUGUUGUAAGGCAGAGAGCAGAGGCUCUAUGGCAAGCCAUGGAGAUUCCCAAGGUUUGGCCAGCACCAAAGAAGCCCUUGGCGGAUGUGCUGGAGAGCAUCCAGAAGCAGCUGGAGCAGCAGGAGUCAUCAGUGGGCAGGAGGGAGAACAUCCCUGACACGGAGGUGCUGAGGCGGGUCGGGGGACUGGCCCUGCAGGGCAUCUACAGAACCAGCAGGGCUGAAGAUGUGCUGGCAAAGCGAGAGCAGCUCCUCAGGGUUCCUGAGGGAUUCCAGCUCGCCGGUCCAGAGCAAGGAUCGCUGCUUGAGAGCAAGGAGUUCUCCUCCAGUGCAGCAGAAUCCACUUUCACCAGGUCCAUGGAGCAGCUGGGCUUCAGCAUCAGCGUUUCUGCCAAAGCCGAGUUCUGGGGAGUUAAAUUGGAAGCUGGCGAUCACAGCAGCUCCUCACAGGCACAGGGCACCCACCCCCACUCUGAGCAGAGCUACUUUUGCACCACCAAGUACCAGUACACCCCUCUGGCCUCCUGCUACUUCCAAAGGAACCAGCUUCUCCUCGAUGGGGCCCUGCGGGAGCUGCAACACAUGGCGCUUUUGAACCUCACUGGGAAGAAGACCAGCCCAACCUGCUGGAGACUUCUUCAGAGGUUUGGGUCCCACGUCAGUCAGGGUCCCCUCCACUUUGGGGGAUUCUGGUGGAAGGCUCUACAGGAGGAUUCAGAGCGAGCAGAGGGAGAGAUGAAGCGACAAACAUCUGAAGCCCUGAACAGCUUUGUCGGGGCCAGUUUCAGUGGCUUCUGGGCCAGUGCAGGAGGGGCCACAGAUGUUUCCCGGUCCAGCUCACAGGCUUCUGUCCAGGGCAGAGCUGGAGAGAGCUCCCACACAGAGAUUCAGUGUCAGGUGUUCACCACAGGGGGCCCAUCAGAGACUGAUUCUCUCCCUCAGUGGAAAACGGGGCUCGUGUCCAAUAACUCAACGUGGUGCGUUAUCGACCGCGUCCAGCUGAUCCCGGUGUGGGAGGUCAUCCUGUGCAAUCACAGCAGGGAUUUUCAGUCCGUCAUGAGCCGCGCCCUCAGGGCUGCGUACAAAGCGCUGACGAAUCAGAGCGUCGGCACCGCUUUUGGAGAGGAACUGGAAGAGGCCAGAGAGUUCAUGGAGAUUGUGAAGACCUGGGGGGACGUGGAUGAAAGGAAAUGCUCACACUGCUGACUGAAACAGGAUCUGAGUGCAAAAACCAAGGACCCCAGAGUCUGGAUCAACGUGUGCCUCGACAAAGCCCUGCAGGACUUCCUGGUGAACACCGUGAGGAGUUGCCAGGAGUCACCUCCAGAAAACUCCACCUCUAUCAAGGCAAUCUUGAGGAGCCUCCUGGAUCCUCAUAUCUAUUCUGUCAAGGACUUCCAGUCUUCCUUCAUUAUGCAAUGGAUCUUCCAGACUGACCACACGCUUCCCAAAACUCCCAAUGUCUCUGAACUGGAGCUCCUGCAGACACUGCAGCAAAUGAUGGAGCACAUCCAUGCUGUCACCUACGCACCAGGAACCUCUGCUUCUGCCGUCCAGGAAGCAAAGAGAGAAGCCACCCUGACCACAGGCCUCGCAAUUCAUUCCUUACUGCGGUCUCUCCAGGAAAGGGCUCAGAAGGACAUGGAACUCUUGGUGCUCUUAAUUGCGACCAGCACAGGGUACCAGGUGGAAAGCAGCACUUUUCAGCACCUCCUUGGCCAUGCAGAAAUUCAGUACCUGGCCCAGGCAAUGGCAGCGGCACACGAGCAGUACGUGACUCUGAAGGAGCAAGAUGCUGCCAGAGCUGAGGCCUCCCUUCUGCUGACGGGUCUGACCGUGACACCCCAAAGCAAAGAGCUGUCCCCAGAGCAGAAGAGGGAGCGGUUGCUUUUCAUGGAAGGUCACAUGGAAGGCUUGUGGUCCACAGGGACAAAGAAUCUCCUCCAGAAGCACAGGGAGUGCCCAGACUGGGAGAUGCUGGAACGUGACUUGAAUUCCUUCAUCGGUGGGAGCUUGGAGGAAACAGGGGAUGAUGUGAGGAUGCAGAACAUACUCAAAGACAUGGAAGACACUUUCCAAACAACUGAGCCUUCCAGUCCCUCCAAAUCCGAGUCAGGUGCAGAAUCCAAAGCCAAUGAAGCCACUGCAAACCAAGAGUUCCUCCAGUUGCUCAAGCGCCUUGGACUAGAAAGUCACUAUCCCAGAAAAAUGGGCACGGGACAUUUCCACAUCAUCUGCAAGACAUCUCUGCAUGACAGCCAGCCCAGCAAGGACCAGGAACUGCCAUUUCACUUCCUGCAGAAGCUCUUAACCGUGGACUAUCGGGUGAGGUACCUGACUUGCAGAGAUGGGAGCACCAGGACUUGCCCCAUGCCAGAAACCACAGAGCAAGAGCACGAACCCUCAGACUCCUUUGAAAACUUUCUAAGAUUUGGAGGAAGCAGCCCUGAAGCUGCAACCAGGGACAGCCACGUGCACCCCAUGGACCUCCAGAUGGCAAUUUUCCACUGUACUGAUGACUUCAUGAGACAGUCCAUUGCAACCAAGCUGGCCUUCUGCCAACUGGCACUGCCCCUGCUGGUGCCCAAGCCAGGCACUGCCCAGAUCGAGUUCCCGCUCUGGGCUCUCAGCCAAAUCAAAAGGAGCUGGAAAGAGGCGGAGAAGUCGGGACAGCAGCCCAGGAUGAACAACACCCAUCGUGUCUUCAUCCGCAUUGGCACCUCUGCCUCCUCUUCCAAGUCUCAGCUCCUCAAUGCUCUGCUCAGCAAACAAAGACACGACACUUUUUUCCACCGCCAUUGCCGAGGCAGCACCAGAGAGCGUUUGCUGAUGGAAGGUGUUGUGGAGAUCGCCUGGUACUGUCCCCGGGGAAGCCCCGAUGACACCUUUGAGUGCUGUGUGGCUUUCUGUAACCUGCAUGGAGACGCCAGGGACCACGGAGCGCAGCUGCAGUUCUUACAGGAGAUCUCUGCUCUCAACGUGGCUCUUGUCUCUGACUCUGAGCACAUGGAUGACAGAGGGAAAAAGCUUCUGCGUGACCUGUGGCAGUCGCAAAGGCCUCUGGUUUGUCUUCUCACUGACAAAGAGAAGGUUGCAGCUGGACAAUCCAGCAAAAACAUAAAAAUAGGGAUCAAGAACAGAAACGAAGCAGAGAUGUUGAACGAGCUCACCAAAACAAUCAGGAAUCUCCUGGAAGGGUCCAACCCUCAUUUCAGCCUGGACGCCUGCCUGGACAAAGCUCGCCAGCACGGAUUCUUAGUGGAUGAAGAUCGACCCGAGUGUGUGACAGCCAAAGCAAAGGCAAAGGAGCUGGUGACCCUUCUGAAGAAGGAGAAGCUGUCUGAGAUCAAAUCCCAGCUCCUGCCUCUUCAAGGAAAACUGUGGCACCAGUGGUGCCAAAAGGACAAAGAACUCACUCGCUUGCAGGAGAAGGGGCAGAGCAUCGAGCACCAUCGGAGCCAAAUUGAAUCGAGAAGGCAGCAAUUAGAAGAAAGCAAAGAGAGAGCCUUCCCCCUCAACCAGUUGAUGAAACCAUUCCUUGGCUUUCUCCAGUCACAGCCAGCAGAUACCAAGAAAUACUUCCUGCAGUGGAUGAAGGUCUUUAUGGGACUGUCCUCCGGUCGCCUUGAGGAACUGAGGAGAGACUAUCACAAGUAUGGUCUGAAAUCCUGGAAAAAAGAAAAACAAGGAAAAAACCAUCUGAACCCUGAGUUGCUGAGUAGGUUGGAGGCCCUCUCUGAUGAAAUCAAUGAUUCAUCCGUUGGCCUGGAGCAUCUGUUGAGAGAGGUAGGGCAGAUCUAUGAAGCUCUGCAAGCAACAACUCAAAGAAUGAAAAUCAAACUGCCCCAAAUGGCAGCAGAGCUGAUGGUUUUGGGUCCCGUGGAGCUGAUGGAUGGGGAUGCUUCUUACCUGCCCCUGUGCUGGGGAGCAAUCUUUGACAGCCUAAUUGAGAGGCUGGGGGACAAACGAGUGUUUGUUCUCUCCGUGCUCGGCAUCCAGAGCACAGGGAAGUCAACCCUGCUGAAUGCCAUGUUUGGGCUGCAGUUCAACGUCAGCGCGGGGAGAUGCACCCGGGGAGCGUUUAUGCAGCUCCUGCCACUGGACGAGCAGCUGCAACAGGACGUGGGCUUUGAUUACAUGCUGGUUGUUGACACAGAGGGCCUUCGUGCCAUAGAGAUGGCCAAUAAACAGUCCCUGAAUCAUGACAACGAGCUGGCCACCUUUGUCAUCGGCAUCGGCAACGUGACCCUGAUCAACAUCUUUGGGGAAAAUCCCUCAGAAAUGCAGGAUGUUCUUCAGAUCGCUGUGCAGCUCUUGAGGAUGAAGAAAAUAAAUCUUUCCCCCAGCUGCCUCUUUGUCCACCAAAACGUGGGAGAAGUUACUGCCAAGGAGCAGAACAUGGAAGGACAAAGACGUUUGCAGGAAAAGCUGGAUGAAAUGACCGUGGCAGCUGCCCAGCAGGAAUGCUGUGACGUCUCCUCCUUCAGCGACGUCAUCCGCUUUGACGUGAACACCCACAUUCACUACUUUGCUCACCUGUGGGAAGGAAACCCCCCAAUGGCACCACCCAACCCCACCUACAGCCACAACGUCCAGCAACUGAAGAGCAAAGUUCUCCAGGCUGCCAAGGAGUCCCAGGGCAGCAUUUUGACGCUCUCCAGCCUGAAAGUCCGUAUUGGUGACCUCUGGAAUGCUUUGCUGAACGAGAACUUUGUUUUCAGCUUCAAGAAUUCACUGGAGAUUGCUGUGUACAGGAAACUGGAAACUGCCUUUAGUCAGUGGACCUGGAGGCUCAGGAGUCACAUCUUAGACGUACAAAUGAGACACAACAGAAUUCGGAACGGGGACUUGCAGCAAGUCACCAGAGAACACCUGGAAGGGCUCGUGCGAGACAGUGAUGCCAUCGUGACAGACAUGGAAAAGUAUUUCAGGGAAGAGAAACACUGCGAGAUGCUGGUCCAGUGGAAAGGGAGCACAGAGCUGAAGCUGAAAGAACUAAAAGAGAAUCCUUCUGAAACUCGGAAGAAAUGUGAGAAUCUCAUUGAACUGCAGAAGACCCAGAGUAAAGUGGAUGCAAGGAAGUCGGAAUAUGAAGACGCUCUGAGAAAGAGCAGGGAGUUGGCUCUGACUCUGAAAGGCAAGAGCCUCAGUGAGAGAGAACUGAGAGACAAGUUUACUUCUGUCUGGGCCGAGUGGAUUGCUGAAGUCUCCCGUGCUGCUCCCCCACUGGAACGGGUGGAUAUUGAUGCAGAAAUAGAAGAUGUCCUUCUGGAGCAUUUUAAGGAGCCUGGUUUCCAUGACAGAUCAGGUCAUUUCCCAAACACAGAGGAUUUUCCUUGGACUUGAACAAACAUGUCACAAAGAAAAAGGGUUGGAAAACAUGGAAUGUUUUCAGUGCUGAUGUGAACUUGCAGGGCAUCACAGACAACAUCAUAAAGCGUGUGUGGGCAAACAUUGAUAAGAAGGAACAGGAGAAACAGGA